AAGCUGAAGGGUUUUAUAAAUAUAUCCUCUUUCCUUUGGUCGAUAUCGUCGAUUCAUUUUUCCCUUCCUGUCUGCCGCAACCCUAAUCGUCGCCAGCGGAGUUUUCAGAGGCUACGUUUCCAGUUUUUCAUGCUAGAGCGGUGAUAAGAUGUGGAGAGACAUAAGAACAACAUGGGAAGAAGGGUAGAUACGAACAAGGUGGAGAGACAUAGGAACAAGUCAUCAAUGACGAAGAAGAGAGGGAAAGCGUCGAAGGGUAAAAAGGGUGAAGAACCUUUGGAUCAUUCAAAAAAAGGUGCUAAUGAACUUAUUAAGAAGAAGAAGUCAAGGAAGAUGAGCAAAGCUUCCAUUCUAAAUGUUGGCUAUACUACUAUAGAAGAUCUUGUUAAUGGUCCAACUUGUGCUUCAAUUUCAACUUCAAUCCCUCCUGGUAAUGAUCAGAAGAAGCACGAGAAAGUAGAGGGGAACAAAGGCACCUCAGGAUUCAUUUUUAUGUGCAAUGGAAAAACGAAGCCGGAAUGUUAUCAAUAUCGUGUUUUUGGCUUACCAAAAGGGAAAAUUGAAGUUGUGAAGAAUAUCAAUUCUGACACUAAGCUAUUUUUGUUUGACAUUGACUUGAAGCUUCUUUAUGGAAUCUAUCAAGCUACCGGCAAUGGUGCAUUGGAUUUGGAACCAACGGCUUUCAAUGGACAAUUUCAAGCACAGGUGAAGUUUGAGAUUUUCAAGGAUUGCUUGCCUCUUCACGAGAAUGCUUUCAAACACGCUAUUAAAGACAAUUACGACGGUCAUCGAAAAUUUAAACAGGAGCUCAGUAGCACACAGGUGAAAAGGCUAAUUUCUUUGUUCCGCCCAAUCCCCAAGAAAUCAUUUGCUAAGAGAUCAGAUAUUCGUCCAAAUGUGGGGAUCCAGUCAUCAUUUAAGUCUGCACGAACCCAAGAAGCGGUUAAAUCAUAUCCUCUUGAGAAACCGUUGUUUGGAGUGCAUUGCCUGCCUAUCCUUGAGACAGGACCUCAACAUGAUGUCCACCAUGGGCAUGAUAUCCAUCAGGGGAAGUAUAAUCCAUUUGAACCAGGAUUCCACGUCUCUCAGUCUCAUUCACAACUGCAGCCUAGGCUCUUAAGAACAGAUGGCCCUACCCGUCAUUUUGAACCUUAUCAUCAUCCCCGUCCAUUUGAACCUUAUCAUCCUGAGCAGGCACAAGCAUAUUUUCCUGAAGGAUCUUUUAGACACCCUCCAGAAUCAUAUGCAAGUAUUCGGAAUACAAAUGAGACGAAUCAUGGAGACCAUCGAUUUGUGUAUGGCAACCAGUAUUUUACAACACAGUUCUUGUCAGAUUAUCUUCCUGGUUUCUAUAGCCAUCGGCCGUCUUCUACAACCUUGCAUACUGCUCCUUUGCCAAAAGCAUGGAACAACUCACCACCUCCAUAUCGUGUAGAGGACAGGAUGACAUCUCCACAUCAUUCUUACUAUCCUACGGUGGUCUCUCAGGAGCGAGUCCCCAUGGUGUAUGCUAGUGUGCCACAAGGGACAGCUUUUAGUAAUCUUAGAUAUGGUGAACCAAAUUUGCCACCAUCCUCAUAUUAUUACUCUUCAGCUGCUACAAGGCCAAACUAUAGGUAAGUAUGGCAGCCAACGUCAGAGUCCGAGUUACGUUGAAACCAAAAAUUUGUAUCUUCGUCUUAAUUCCAUGUAUUAAGAAGACUUGUUAAAUGUGCUCGAGAUCAAUCGUUUUGGUUAUCAAUUAUGUGUAGUGUUUUGUUUUUCUCUGAGAAAAUUUGCGGUUGAAUGAUUUGAAAUUUCUGCCAUAUUGAUGAUAACAUAGAGAUGCUUGAAUCCUCAUGUUUUUUUCAUCAUUUUUUUAAAAAAAA